AAUUCGUCUCUAUUAAUUAUCUCUCUGUAAUCAAAAGAAAAUAUACGGAAAAUGGCAGAUAUUGAUCUUCCUUCUAGGUAUUUUGCAGACAGAGAAGAACCUGUCGGUGAUCGUGUUAACAUGUACUUUAAGCUUAAUACCAUCAAAGCCGUUCUAAAGGCCCUGACCCCCAAGGAGAUCGAAACCAUUCGACCUUGCUUUGGGAAAAUCUUGGAUCUUUACUUAAAGCCGGUGUUCUCCGGGAAGUUGGCCCACUUUCUAUUAACCCGCCAGUUGAGUGUGGUCAAACGCCAUGAAAUAUGGUUUGUAUUCGCCGGAAAACCGAUCAGAUUCUCGUUACGGGAAUUUGGUCUAGUUACUGGCCUUAACUGCAACCCUCUCGAAAGGUCUCUGAUUAGGCCACCUCCCGGUGUGACGCCUUACUGGUUUACCCUUUUCGGUGGGGAAAAUUAUUUCACCGGCGAGAUGUUGUUGUCGAAGCUGCAGAAAUCUAAGGCUUUAACCAGCGAAUUGCGGGUUAAGUAUGCAUGCUUGUUGCUGGUAGAUGGAUUUCUUGGUCGGCGCUCGUUCCACAUGAUGAUUCCGAGGGAGCAUGUUGAGAUGAUUCGGGAUUUGGAUGUGUUUUUGAAAUAUCCCUGGGGUCGGUACAGUUUUGAUAUGACGAUGCAAUGCAUUAAGUCUAGAUCUUUACUUCAAUUGGCUCAGGCCACUGUUGUCAUCCAAGGUUUUAUACACGCUUUGGUCCUUGUAUUUGUGGAGUCUAUUCCGGCCGUUCUUUCAGUAGGUUGUGAUAGAACCGAACCGGAAUCCGACGAUGAAGAUAUGUUCCCUGUAAUUUCUCUGAAAUUAGAUAAAGUGUGGGAAUUGGAUGGAGAAGAUCAGGUCGAUGUUCCGUCUAUCAUACCUUCGGCUGAUGUUGUCACUAGGGUGGAAGAUUGCGGUUGGGUUGAUGAGGUAAGUGACCCCAGUGUUCAAGUAUUGUUAAAGCGCCUUGAAGAAGGUGUCAAGUUCAGCCGUCAGAUGUUUGUUGGUGGUAUUAGAGUUGAGCUGGUGGAAAACGAGAAAGUGUUCGACAAGUUUGUGGAACAAAAGUUUCAACAGUUAGACCAAGAUGAAGAUGGUAAGCUCUCCGUGACUGAGUUACAACCCGCCGUUGCUGAUAUCGGCGCCGCUCUUGGUUUGCCUGCUCAAGGCACUUCUCCUGAUUCUGAUCACAUCUACUCCGAGGUCCUAAACGAAUUCACUCAUGGGAGUCAAGAGAAAGUGAGCAAGACAGAGUUCAAAGAAGUGUUGUCGGACAUUUUGUUGGGUAUGGCUGCUGGUCUGAAACGUGAUCCUAUCGUCAUCCUCAGGAUGGACGGUGAGGAUCUCUCGGAGUUUGUCCACGGCCCUGGAUACGAAAUCGAACUUGUUUCUGUCUUCUCAGAGCUCUCCAGUUGCGAGGACGCAUCGCUCCGUGAUUGUAUCGUCAAAGCUCUCCAGUCUCUUUCUGUUGAUCAUGGAAUGCCUCCUUCCAAUGACCCAUGGGUGAUGAGCAACAUUGUAGAACCAAUUGUUGACUCUUGUCUUGAUGAAGAAGAUAAGAGAGAGAAGAGCGCGUCUCAGGAAAAAUUCUUGGAGGCAUUCAAGAGAGUCGUGGAGAGAGUGGCUCAGCGUCUCAAUGAACAACCCGUGAUCGUUGCUCACAGCGAAAAUACCUUCGAUGGGAGCGGUGUCAGGAGGCUCUUGUCCAAUAAAUUCGAAUUCGAUAAGGCACUAAACGUUGCAUUGGAGACGAUUCCAAAAGACCGUCAUGGUAAGGUGUCUAAAGAAUACCUACGAGCUGUGCUUGACACUGUUGCACCAUCUGCGACUUUACCACCGAUAGGCGCUGUGACCCAGAUGGAUAAUAUGAUAAUGGAAGCGUUGAAGAUGGUGAAUGGAGAUGAUGGAAAUAUGGUGAAGGAAGAAGAGUUUAAGAAAACAAUGGCAGAGAUAUUGGGGAGUAUAAUGUUGCAGCUUGAGGGUAAUCCAAUAUCGGUUUCCUCUAACUCGGUGGUUCACGAGCCGCUCACCUCGGCUACAUUUCUGCCGCCGACUCUGAAUGAAACAGAGGAGCCUUCAAAUUAAUCAUAGACGGGAAUAAGCAACAUCAACAAUG